AAAUACGAGGAAUUUCUCCAGAAAAAGACAAUACUUGAAGCAUUAGAGUUAGCUCUGAAUGAUAAAAUUAAGUCUUUAGAAGCCGAGAAAGGAAGAAAUGAAAAAAAGAUUAAAUGUUUGAAAAAUGAUUUAAAACAAAUACACGAUGAAAGUGAUGUAGUCGAAAAGAGAUUAAAAAAGAUUAAUGAUAAUUGA